CUACUAUACAGGCAAGGAGCACAGUGUGUUCAAUGCCAUUGCUACAGUCUAUGUCAAGGGCAAGUUCACAGCACUAAACAUUUUCAAGGGGAAAACAAACAACUACUUUGUACUUGGGCUAAAGGGAUUUGUUAAUUCUGCAGGUGGGCUUAUUCAAACUUGGACAGCACCUGCUUCUUCAUAUAUUGUGCCUGGCUUGUGUUUGUCAGUCCAAAACAGCAAGACUCCAGGGUUAUCAAGUGGGAAUGGUGGAUCACUUUCUGCUUGCAGAGGAGACUUUUCCCCCCACUGGUUCUCCAGUGGCCUACCUGUGUGACAUGGUGACUGAUGCUGGCACCUAUCAGAUGCUGCCCUCCCCCUUCUCUGAGGAUGAGUUGAGCGACUCUUCAAGCUUUGGGUCAUGCUCCAGCCCUGAUUCUCAGGUACUCAGCUCCAGCUGUGGGAGUAACUCAAGUGCUGAAAGUCAAGACAGCAUCUUAGACUACCUUCUAUCCCAGGCCACCUUGGGGAAUGUCCAAGGGUCUUUGUGGGACAGGAAGGAAUCCCAUCCAUUGGUGAAGGAAGAGAGCUUUGAUUUUCCAGUUUUCUCUGUGGACAUGAACGAAUCUGGACCAUUUCAGCCCACCCUGGAAGAGAUUGAAGAGUUCCUGGAAGAAAACAUGGAGAUGGCACUCAAGGAAGAGGCUACCGACCAGGUCAUCUGUACAAAAAGUGGCAACCAAACAUCAUCUGCAGGGCAGCUGAGAGACCAAACUGUACCGUGCGUGAGUGUCUGUGAAACCAAAAGCGACCAGUCAGACGACACCACGAAAGAAGAUGUCUCAAAACAGACUGUUGACAGCGGGGUCCCAGUCAUUCUUCAGAUUCAGCCCAUCCAAAUUAAGCAAGAAAAAAGCCCAACUGUGCCAUCACAGCCUCCGCAGCCAGACAUUAAAAUCGCCCAGCUGCUGGUCAACAUUCAGGGACAGACCUUCGCUCUUGUGCCCCAGCUGGUGCAGUCCGCUAACCUCAACUUGUCACCCAAGUUUGUCCGUAUCGCCCCGGUUCCCAUUGCAGCAAAGCCUGUGGGAGCAGGAGAUGGUUGUCAGGGCCAGGUUGGGAUCCUCAUGGGCCAGAGGUUUCAGAAGAACCCAGCAGCGGAACUUAUUAAAAUGCACAAAUGUACUUUCCUAGGGUGUACCAAGAUGUACACCAAGAGCAGCCAUCUGAAGGCGCACCUGCGAAGGCAUACAGGAGAGAAGCCCUUUGCAUGCACCUGGCCAGGCUGUGGAUGGAGGUUUUCCAGAUCGGACGAGCUCUCCAGACACCGACGCUCACACUCUGGAGUCAAGCCUUAUCAGUGCCCAGUCUGCGAGAAAAAAUUUGCCCGCAGCGACCACCUGUCCAAACACAUCAAAGUCCAUCGCUUUCCACGAAGUAACCGGACAGUACGCACAACAAACUGACCCAGCAUACCUGUGUGUCUGUGUUUCUGUCUUUUACAAUGGACAGGAUCCAAGGAGAAAGAGAGAGAGGAACAGAAAGCACUUCUUUGUGGUACUGUGAUCAUUUAUUGUCCAACAAGCAAAAAAUACUUGAUGCUAUGUUUGCGUGAGUGUUUCUGAACACGUUUCAGAGUACGCUGUUGUUGUCCUUCCCUCCCAAGUAAAAGAAAAUAGUGUUUUAUUUUUUGAAAAAGUGUGUUUUAAAUGAUAAAGCUGGCUUCCUGGAAAUUAAUGAAGAACAGAUUAUUUUGUUGUUUAAAAAAAAAAAAAGAACUAUGUCUACUUUAAGCUAUUUGUGAUACUAGAGUCAAAGCAGUGGCCUUCAAGCAAUUUGAAAUCAAACCUGCCAGUUUAUCCUAUAGGAGGUUAUCAGCAUUCUUUCCUUACCGGCUUUUCAUUGAACCACUGCUCCCCUGUCGCCUUGGCAAUGACCCCUUCUGGGGUGGUAGCACCAAUGCUUGGGCUUUCACCCUAGGUCCUCAUUGUCCUGUCCCUUGAGUCUUCCAUAUCUGUACUGAUUCUGGAAGUCUGGAAUCCAGAAGGAUGGUACACUAGUCAUCUCUGUUACGCAUCAAGAAGUAUUGUAAGCAGCUGACAUGUCUGUCCACAGUUAGCAUACUACAAUAGUCAUUGCAGAAUGUAGUCAAUUGUAUGGCAAUUGUAAAAAAAAAAAAAAAAAAACAAAAAAAAAAAACAGUGGCUUAUGUUUAACAGUUUCAUGAAUAUGCAAUACCACAGUAAAGGGAACUGUAGUUCUUCACAUGAACAAAUCUGCCUCAGAUCAUAAAAUGUUGUUAUCAGAAGACCUACAAGCCUUUGUACAGCUUUUAUAACAUGAGGUUUUAGCUUUGAAGUUGUGAUUUUGUAGAUGCCAAUACUAACUGGAAAGCAAGGUGCUAAAGUUGUCAUCACAGCCACCCUCAAUACUGUAUAGUAACAUGUGAUAGAAAGUAAAGACUGAAAGGCUAGGUUAUUAAAACUGAGGCAUGACUGUAGAAUGUUGUGCCAGUGUUGUGUAUAGUCUCCUAUACAGCCCUGAAAUAAAACACUGCAAUUCUGUAUCUUAUGUAUGUGCUAUGAAGAACAUAUAUGUUAAUAUAUAUGUGUAGCAUACUGUAUAUAUGUGUGUACUUGUGAUGUAUGGAUACAGUGUGCCAUAUUGCAUUGCAUUCAUUCCAUUCAAUUUUGAAAUUAAUAUUUAAACAGAAGCUUGUAAUAGCAGGUAUUUUUUCACAUCCUAUGAAUGUAUGUAAAUAAAUAAUAAAUACAAA